AGACACUUGUUGUCGAUGUCAGAGAUAUCCCCAGGCCCCGCGACCGCUCUACCUAGCGAGUUUCCCAGCGCAGCGUAGCCUAGCCUAGCGCGCCGGUAGCCCUCCGCUAGCAAGUGCUGCGCUGCAUGCUUAGCUGCCGCGCCGAGUGCCGCCGGAUUGAUAGGAGGAAUUUGCGAGGAAAUCUACUUCGAGGCGAAAAGCGGAUCGGACCUGUGGAAAGAUGUCUCGCAUUUAUGAUGACAAACCACUUCAGUCAGUUCCAGUACAGAAUCAGACUUGGUCUGGAAUCUGGGAACCACAACAGUUUCAAAGUGGAUCUGGAGCUGUAUUGAAAGGAACAAUCAAAGCAAGGUCUAGGCAUGUUAUCACAGACUCUAAACAUAACAAAAGUCGAUACUUUGUAUUACAUGUGAGGGUAAGCAUUGCACAUAGAAGACAAUUCAACAGCAAUGGAGAGGAGAUUGAACCCAAUAUGGAUGCUACUCAAAAGGUCAAUACUGGAUAUCUUAUGUCGUCAUAUAAGGUAGAAGCCAAAGGACAGACUGACCGCCUUACACAAUCCCAGCUCUCUACACUGGUCAACAAACCAUCUCUAACAACUCUGACCCAAAGACACACCCCUGAUGGAUGCUUAGCAUUCUGGAUGACGGAGCUUGAACUAAAGGAUAUGGAUUUUGAAGAUGAUGAUAGCAUCUUACUCAGGACUAAAGGAGAUGGACCUUUCAUUUAUUCUGUAGGGAAGUUGGAUACGAAGACGAAGGAGAUAACCAACAUGGCUGGAUCAGGUCAGUUAGGAGAAUCCUGGACAGACAAGAUUAUGAGUGUCAAGUCACAUGACCCACCCAACCCUAAACCAGGACAGGAAGAGAAUGAAGGAGCAGGGGAUGAUGAAUGGGAUGACUGAAAAAAGAUAUUAGAUGUCUCUGGCCGGGUGUCAAUCGCUCCUAGUAUGAAGAAGAUACAAAGAAAGACUACAAUAAACUUCACAUCUAACUCAUUCUCUUACCAGACUGACUGAUAACCUCCAUCAAGCCAACAUUAUUGGGCAAGAUUGGAAACGAAUGUAAGGCACAGAGAAGAGACAUAGUUUUAGGUAUUUAAUAGUCAGAGACUCUGCCAAAUUUAACAAAUUUGUGACAUCAUAUGCGAGCAGCUUCCCCAUAAUUUUUAUCGUGUAAUGUCCCUAGAUUCAAAUUUUUAAAUGGAAUAUAAUGAAAACAAAUUUUUCUUAUAGAAGGGGGUAUGAAAUGUCUUGGAUGAUACAUCCGCCACACAGAUAAAAUUACUUUCAAAGUUUUGAGAAAAGGCAUUUUGGGGAGUUUAUAUCAUACAACAUAUAGAGGAGCUGCUUGUCUGAGAUGUCACAAAAUCAAAAGUUUUAAAAUUCAUAACUCCCUUAUUCUUUGAUGGAUUUUCAUUACACCUUCACCAGUAUUUCAUAUCUAAUUUUUCUGAUCGUUCUUGUUAAUGUUCUUGUUGAAGUGUCGGAAGCAGAGCUGCCAACCUUUGAAAAAAGAAAUUAUAGUACUUAGCAUCUCCAAACUUUAAUGGGUAUUUUCAACCAUCCCUCUUUUUAACCCUAAAAGGACUGGGCUAUUUGACAUGUAUUGAGGACUGGGGGGGGGGGGCCAUGACAGCCCCCCCCCCCUUCUGAUCUCGGCGUUUGCGCUCACAUUCUUUACCACAUAAACUACAAGUAUAAAAAAAAAUUCUGAAAAUAAUUAUGAAUAAAAUAUGCAAAUCUAUUCGUGAAAAACGUUAUUUGCAUAUUUAACACCCAAUUUCACUUCAAAAUUUUUUUUUUCCCAGAUGUCAUCUUUGUAAUCUAAUUUAAAGGUUUCCACAAAGAAAUAUUGCAAAAGCCAAAUUUUUUCCCUAUGUAUUUCUGUGUUUUUAGAAUUUCUUAUGUAUAUAUAUUUUUUUUUUUUCAAUGGAAAUUAUUAUAGACCAUUUAAAAACUCAAUUAAACCCUAAAUUAAUUAAGCAGACAAAUUAGAAAAAAAAUUAUAACCUUUAUAUGAAUUUCACCUCCCAUAGACUUUGUACACAAAGUAAAAAAAAUAGCUAUUAGUCUCAACAGUUGCGCGAGACUUUCAGAAAAGUCAUAACAUUUUGCAGGCUAUCUUUUUGCAUUUUGUUGUAACGUAGUGUGAAUUGCUAGCAAUUGCAUACAAGGUAAAUAGAUUUACUUUUUGCUUUCAUUUAAAUAAGUUCUUUGAAUGGUGAAUGUACAUCAUUUAUAUAGGACUGCAAGAAAAGUCCAUGACAAUUCCAGAACUGCAAACCUGUAGAACUUAGCUGUCAGGGAACAUUUCCAUUGCAAGGCUAGAUAAAUGGUCUGAUACUGCAAAUUAUGUUGAGUAAAAAAUUGUGUCAUCAGAACCUCCACUCUUAAUAACUGAAUUGUAUUUUGGAAGGAAAAACUUUGCAAUACUACAACCCCGUGUUCAUGGAAUAUUAGUUCUGGGAAUACUUAAUAUUACUUCUGGAAAGUAAUAUUCCAUUAGUUUUUACCAUUUGUAAUUUCCUGACUUGAUAUAAUUUUCUUUAUAGGUCAUUUAAACUGUGUGGUGGAGUGCACUUAAUGUGAAAUAUCUUACCAUUAGAAAUUCAUAUUGAAAUGCAUGUGUGAUUUAUACUUUGCUUUAGGAAUCGUCAAGUACUGCUUUCUGAAUGAAUUACCUCAUAUGCUACUAUAUCCUCUGGAUAUUAGAAAUCUCAUGGCAGAAUCUGUUUGCUUAGGUAUAUUUUUACAUCUUAUUUAAAAUGCUGUAUGUAAAUAUGUUUGUGAGAAAUCUGAAUGAAAUCAUAAUUAGAUAUAAUAGAUGUGUGUUAAUCACAACUGUUUGCAGUUUAUGGUUAAUAAUUUGCAUUUGUGUUUUUCUUCCUUCUCACAUAGAGAAAAUGUCUGUUUUCUAGAUAAACCCUCUUUAUCAUUUUUUUUCCAGAAGGGUUUUUCUAUUAUGGUUAUAGUAGUAUUUGCCUGUACCCUAUCUGAGGAAUCCUUCUGAGAUGUCAAUAAGUUGAUAACUUAAGUCAAAUUUCCUUGCCAUUAAAUGAUAAUCAUUUGUAACCCUACAAAUUUUAUACCACAUAUGCAUUCCUGUCAAAUAUCUAUUUGCUUUUUCCAUAAUUUUUGUAAUUGCCAAGUAAAAAGCUAUGUUAUUUGGGUACUUGUGAAUACAUAAGAACUUUUUCAUGAAUUCCAGUAGUUAAAUGAGGAGUGUGUACAUUUGACGUCCACUGGUAUGUAUCAUAUGACUGAAAUAUUUGUUGACUGCUCUAAGCUUAGGUGGGGCUUACGAAAGGACACAAAGACACAAUUACUAUGGUUUAUCAUUAUAGAUAUGUACAUGUAUCCAUUUUAUUGCUAACUUUUCAUUAAAAUGAAGUAACCCAAGUAGUGCAAUUUUUUUUCUUUUUGUAGGUUUAUGCUAUACUUUCUUUUGUAAAUGGAACAACAUUUCAUGGAAAGCAUUACAAAUGAUGAGAAUUAUGUAUUUUCAUAUAUAUAUUGUAAUAAACACUUUA